AUGGCUAUGGCUUUUAACAGCUUUUACGCUCUCACACUCUUCGUUUCCCUUCUGCUAUCCUUCUUCACCUCGAUUUCCAUAGCUGAUAAUAGCCAUGCAGUUGUUCCACCAGAAACCCUAUGCCACUCGACCUUGGACCCUUCUUACUGCAAAUUUGUUCUUGCUAAUCAAAAUGGCAGCAUAUAUGAGUAUUGCCAAAUUUCUGUUCGAAAAUCCCUGUCCCAGUCUCGUAAGUUCUUGAACACGAUGUACUCAUAUCUUCAAAAUCCCUCCUCUCUCUCCCAACCCACAAUCCUCGCUCUUGAAGAUUGCCAAAUACUUUCUGAACUAAACUUUGAAUACUUAUCGACGACACUUGACACUGUUGAUAAAGCUAAGGAUGUUCUUCCCACCUCUCAAACAGACGAUGUUCACACAUUGCUUAGUGCUGUUUUGACAAAUCAGCAAACUUGUUUAGACGGUCUUCAAACCUCGGCUUCAGAUCCAAGAGUGAAGAAUGGUCUUUUUUCCCAACUCUUGGAUGAUAUGAAGCUUAACAGUGUCUCACUUUAUUUGUUCACCAAGGCUUGGGUUCCUGAGAACAGAAUAUGGCAACCCCAUGGAGCCAUCCAGAAUGAUGGUAUGUCGAACAAAGUUCGCGCCAUUUAUGAUUCUGCGAAAGGUCAGGGGAGAAAACUACUACAAACAUCGGAUGACAGUGAAAGCGUUUUGGUGAGUGACAUUGUGGUGGUUAGUAAAGAUGGAACUGGAAACUUUACCACCAUAAACGAUGCCAUAGCUGCAGCACCAAAUAACACAGCUGUUACCGAUGGCUACUUCAUUAUUGUUAUCAGUGAGGGUAUAUAUCAAGAGUAUGUAUCCAUAGCCAAAAACAAGAAGUUCUUGAUGUUAAUUGGAAAUGGAAUCAAUCGGACAAUUAUAACUGGCGAUCACAACGUUGUGGAUGGCUCUACAACAUUCAACUCAGCCACAUUUGCUGUGGUAGGACAAGGAUUCGUAGCUGUGAACAUAACAUUCCGCAACACUGCUGGGCCAAGCAAGCACCAAGCAGUUGCAGUAAGAAAUGGAGCAGAUAUGUCCACCUUCUAUAGCUGUAGUUUCGAAGGGUACCAAGACACUUUAUACACUCAUUCUCUGAGACAGUUUUAUCGAGAAUGUGACAUAUAUGGCACAGUUGACUUCAUAUUUGGAAAUGCAGCUGUUGUUUUGCAAAACUGCAACAUGUAUCCUCGCCUUCCAUUGAGUGGACAAUUCAAUGCCAUCACUGCACAAGGUCGAACUGAUCCAAACCAAAACACAGGCAUUUCCAUACAAAAUGCCACCAUAAAAGCUGCACAGGAUUUGGCUCCAAAGGUUGGAACUGUGGAAACAUACCUUGGAAGGCCAUGGAAGGAGUACUCAAGAACUGUUUAUAUACGGUCUUUCAUGGAUAGUUUGAUAGCUCCUGCUGGUUGGCAUGAAUGGAAUGGGAGUUUCGCACUCAGCACAUUGUACUACGCAGAAUAUGAUAACAUGGGUCCUGGUUCAAACACUGCAAACCGAGUUAAUUGGUCUGGGUUUCAUGUUAUUGAUGCCACUGAUGCAGCCAAUUUUACUGUCUCUAGCUUCUUGGAUGGGGAUGAUUGGGUGCCUCGAACCAGCAUUCCGUACCAGACAUCUUUGUAA